AUGUUCGACUUCAGGGCCAUCAACCAGCAGGUUGCUGAGGCCGAAUCGGGAUUUUCGAUGGAUGCCUGCAAAGAGCUGCUCGAAUCGUGCGACAACAGCGAGGUGGUCACUCCGAAGCCGCUCCAGUGCGGCGGAGGCAUCACUGCAGCCAGCCAGUGUCCUGACUUUGACACCGUGGCCGAUGUGCUGGGGAGCACCCUUGUGAAGAACUACACGAUGGCAUGCCCAACUCCUGGUGAGUCCUGCUCGCUGACCGAAUGUGCCGCCAGCUGCAGGGACAACCGCACCAAGGAGAUUGCGACCGGAAUAUUAACUGUUGCUGCGCAGUCGCGCAACGCGAGCAUCGCCGUUUCGUACGCCAAGCCGCUGCUCGAGUGCAACUUCGUGAUUGACGAACUGCUUGGUGCACUAUCAAUGUGCAACGACCUGAAGACGGGAACCCUGAUGCUUGGCGUCGGCUUCUUCGUUGGGGGGCUGAUGUUCGGCCUGGCCAUCUACAUCAUGUUCCGCGGCUCCUGCAUCUGGGGCGACCACACCACAAAGUCCGGGUAA